AUGGAUUCGCAUUGUGUGGAGUGGAGGAGAGCGCUAGUUGUGUGUACAGCUGGGAUUGAGAAACGCAAAUGUAAUAGGCUGAGCUUCUUUAAGGUAGUAUACAAACAGCAUCCGGGUUUUUGUCGAACUGUGCCUGGCGUUGAAAAAGGGUCAGAAGAUGUGACUGUUGCUAGUAAUGGUUUGGCGUUUAUUUCAUCGGAGCUAAAUGGAAAAAAAGAAACCGUCGAUCCGAGUCGCAUGCCUCCAAAUAUCAGAGGAAAAAUAUUCCUUUUUGAUUUCAACCAUCCAGAGAAUGACGUCAUAGAGCUUCCCCUGAAAGGUGAUUUCGACAGAGACAGCUUUUAUCCACACGGCAUUAGUUUGUAUGAAGAUGAUAAAACAGAUGAAAAGAGACUGUUUGUUGUCAAUCAUCGCGCCCGUGGUGACGAAUGCAUCGAGAUAUUUCGGUUUGAAGAAAAGAUUAAAUCGCUUAUUCAUUUGAAAACGAUUAGAGGAGAUAAUAUAUACAGUGUAAACGAUGUUGUAGCUGUAGGUCCCGAUUCCUUUUAUUAUACAAAUGAUGGAUAUUUUGUCAUGUCGGAAUUUUUUAAGCGAGUCGAGUUGUUUGCAGAUGUGGCGUGGACAAAUGUGGGAUUCUACGACGGCAACACGGAUAAGAUUGUGCAAUCUGGACUGCAGUAUGCCAAUGGAAUAAACGUAUCACCGGAAGGACGGUAUUUGUAUGUAUCAUCAGUUAUUAGAGGUUUCAUUUACGUCUUCGAAAUUAGGAACGACAAUUCAAUUGAAGAAAAGCAGAGAAUUAACGUGUACUCAGGUGUUGACAACAUAGAGAUUGAUAAAAAGACGGGUGAUCUAUGGUUGGGUUGCAACGCUGUUUUGUACCAAUUUGUUCAGCAUGUAGGAAACGUUACGAUACCUGCACCUUCGCUUGUGUUGAAAGUCCGCCUUGGCUCCAAGAGCGCCCCUUACGACAACGUUGAUAUCCAGCAAGUGUUCAUGGACGACGGUUCUCUUCUAAAAGGUUCCAGUGUUGCCAGUUACUAUGACAACAAAAUGCUUGUGGGUACAGUGCUGGAUAAACUAGGGUUCUGUGAAAUUAAACAUUUGUAAACAGUAUACAUAUACAAAAAUGGUGUAUUUGAUUGGCUAUCUUAUGGGAAUGGAAGGUGGGGUGUGGAAAAAUCUAAAUAAUUAUCCUGGC